GGAUAAUUUUGUGAUUUUGCGAGAUAUUAGCUGAGACUGGCUUUAUGAUCAGUUGGAAGGGAGAGAGCGUCCACCAAAGCUGCGCCAGAGAAUAUAGGGAACUGUAAAAAUGAAGGGCUUCUUCUUCCUCCUGGUCUGUCUGCCUGCCACCUUUGCCGGCAUGGCCUUCCCCGUGGGAACAGAGAGGGACGUCCAGGACAUCUUCAGAGACGUGAAUCCUUCUAUCCGAUGGGACAGCACGAACUUCUUGGUGGAUGAAGCCGGUCCGUAUGCGGACUGCAGCUACGUGGGCACCCGCGGUCUAAUCUCCCUAACCAAGCUGACGGACAAGUACCUCCAGGCUCACGGGGUCAUGGAGAGCGUGGCGGGGCUGACUGAUGACACAAGAAUGACCGGCCGAACACUCUCUGGGGCCCGCAAAGACAUAAUCACUAUCACCAAGUCGUGGGUUCGAAAAUCUCCAUUCUUUGAACAGAUCAAAGAAGCACACAAGUUUGGGUGCAGUGUCCUACCCAGUUGCGGAGACAGGACUGUCGUCACAUGCAUCUUUACUCCCGCAUAUCAAGGUCAGGGUGACCAAGGCGGCCAAAAUGGCGGCGGCGUAAACUCAGGAGCUGUGGCCUUCACUGGGGAACAGUACAUACUCACCGAGGGAAUGUUCCAGAAGCAAAAUAGAGUCACGAAAUGGGACAGGUCAUACUUCCUCGAGAAUCUCUCAGGCACGGAAACAUCUUGUGCCAUGAUCGGCAGGCGACAAUGGAACUACCAGAAAGCCCAAAAAACCGCCCGCAAAUACAAGAAGGGAUCCAUUGGUUUGUUGUUCGGGUGGGCGAAUAGGUCUGGCAACACUGACAGGGACGUGGAAAAUAUAACUGGCCAAUGGCUUAGGACAGACGAGGGUCGAAAGCAGAUUUCCCGUGCCAAGAAUGUUGGUUGCAGCUUGAUUCAGGAGUGUGGUAACGGACAGACUGUCGUGUCGUGCAUCGUCACACCAGGGGCAUAGAUACUCAUCAAAAUUCUUCAAGACAGAAAAUUUGAUAUAUCCAGUUACGAUCACAUAACGCGGUAACGAAUCCCGAGGCGUGGCGAAUUCCAAGACACGCCGACGUUCGACAUACAUCUGUAACACAGUUUCUCCUGUAUCAUACUCAUGUUGUAGUUAAUAAAAACACGAAUACAAAUUCAAAAAGUUUA